UAUGAAUCUGUUUUCACUACUUGCAUUAGUGCUAACUGGGCAGGGAGGAAGGGCAGGUUCGUCCGUCUCUCUUCUCCUCACAUUUUCUCCCUGGCCCUCUUCCUCCCCUCCUCCAACCCUUGGAAUUCUACUACUAUUUCCAUUCCCAUUCACAACCAAUACGAUCCUCACCUACAUCGCUCACCUACACUACCCUCCUCCUCUUUCUCCUCUUCUCUCUUUUCCGCCUCCUCCACUCGGCGAACCCGUCUACCGCCGCCACCCUAUACCUUCAGAAACCGCCCUCCCUUCAUUACGCGUGUUCGAAACUCAGCCUCGUGAUGCCACGACGGGUCUCGUCAUCGAGCUGAACCGCGACAUAACCUAAACCCGAAGCCAAAAUACGACACGACACGCUACUCUCUGGCACGCGCCCACGACUGUCCACGCCUUUCUUGUGUCCCCUACUUUUCCCGCUUCUACUUUCUCGCAUCGUCUCCUUCCCCUCCAACCCUUGUUUGUCCAGUCAUACAUAUUAGACUUCUACCUCGACUUCGACCUCGACUUCGACCUCGACUUCGACUCCGCAACAUUGAUUCGCCGAGGCCGUGAUUCAUCCCUACGUUCGACGACGCCUUCCUUUCUCCUCAACUCUUCCGGUUGUACAUGGCCUUGUGUACGGUGAUAAGAGUACUAUGAGGAUAUCUGCACCCCUGGUUGACGAGAGGAUGGAUUCUGGCCGGCCUCGGUCCAGCCAGACCACCGUGUCCGUCAACUUCGACGAGGCCGAUUCCGCUUCUCCACUUUCGCGUAUCCAGUUCGGUGUUGCAGAGUGCGUCGAGACCAGGACCGUCACCACCACCACUACUACUAAGAGAUCGUAUCCUCCUCUCCUCGUCAGAGAGACCCGACCGUUGGCAUCCCUUGACUCCAAAGAGUAUCCUCUCGCUCAGAAACCAACUCCUCCCGAGCUGGCCAACUUCACCUUUAACGUGGGCCACUUUGGAGGGCUUUCUUGGCCCUCCGACGACGAUUCCGAGAACCAGCAAGAUUCUCAACUUUCCACCAGCGAUGAAUCGACACAGGAUAUCAAGACGGAGCCAGGCUCGGAUCUUUCUCACGUCCGAAUCGACCGCCGCUCGUCUAAGCCUUACCCGCAGGUAUCAUCGCGUAAACCACAGAGGAUGGGCUCGAGAGCCGCCUCUCCCAUUGUGAGCGGAUCCGUGAAGAAGAAUUCACAGAAAUCACACGCACGCUCCUUUACACCCAAUCUCUCUCUUGCUGUGUCCGACAAGCUCCGCCGCGCCCUAACUCACAGCUCCCGUAAGGAGUCCAUCAAGAAUAGCGGUGCAAAUUGGCCAACCACUAGCUUUCCUGUCACCCCCGACACAACAGAUACGGCCCUCGCCGGCAUGAAUAGACCUCUUAAACUGCGUCAUGCACAGUUGGACUCUUUCGAGGCACCGGAAUCCGACCCCAGUCAACCCCAAUCCUUCUUUACUGCCUCAAGCCCCUCAGGAAGCGAUUCGCACACCGCCUUCGGUGGUAGUAAUGUGGCUACUCCCCCUAUCACGGAUGCGGACGAGGAUGCAGAGCCAUUCGCAGAUGUCGAUGCCGACGAAUCGUUGCAGCAGUCCAUCCGUGCCUUGCAACCCCCCCGACCCAUCAACACACUUGUAAGCCAAGACGCGAGUUUACCAAGUCCACGCUUGUCUCCGACCCUGCAGGCCUCCAAAACGCACUUGCUCGAUCAGGACGAAGAGCAUGACGCCACUGAGGAGGAAGUAUCUCUGAUCUUCCACGACGACAGCCAGAACACGAUGGAUUACGAGUCCGUCCCGCCGUCGGUGACUGAAACCCCGUCUAUGACCCUACGGCGCCUAGACCCGCGCCCUCGGCGCUUCCGGCCGACGAUAAUGGACACUCGCUCAAUGUUAGAGACGUUCGACUCUAUGCCUCCUGAGAUGAAGACAUUCAUGAUGUAUCAGUUCCUUCGCCGAUGUUCCCGGAAAACCCUUCACGUCGUUGCCGACGUAGUCAACCCAGCCCUAAAAUGCGAUAUUUUAAAAGACUUACCCCUCGAGCUGACUUUCCACAUUCUGUCAUACCUGGACCACCGCGAUCUUUGCCACGCAGCGCAAGUUUCGAAACACUGGCGGGGGAUUAUUGAUAGCAACGAGACGGGUUGGAAGGAGCUAUUUGAUAACGACGGAUUUGUUCUGGCCCCGGGUGAGCUGGAUAGGGCCAUCAGGGAGGGCUGGGGUUGGCAAGACCCAGUGGGACCCGAGGGCUGUGAGCGCGACUAUAGCCUUCAGAACCGACUUACAUCCACCGAGACGGAGUUGAUUCGCUCAUCGAAACCUGAUCCACCCCCGCAAAAGUUACGAUCUUCGAAACGAAAGAGGGCUCUAAAUAGCCUUGGUUCCGAGCGGUCCAAACGACGAGCCAGCGCGCAGGAGACGGCUAAGGACGAAAAGACGUAUACCGGCGAGAAGGUGCAUAAAUCGGAAGGGCCGCUGUCCGCCGCUAACGCCGCCGCCCUCGCGGUGCCGGAUCCCCACGUCGGUCUUCCUAGCCUAAGGAGGCUUCAUCUAUUCAAAUCACUCUACCGCCGCCAUUACAUGAUUCGCAAGAGUUGGACGAGCGGUAAAGUCAAACCUAGCCACGUUGCCUUUGCCGCCCAUCCCCGCCACGUCAUCACAUGCCUACAGUUCGACGAAGACAAGAUUAUUACCGGAAGCGACGACAUGCUUAUCCACGUUUACGAUACCAAGACUGGCAAGCUCCGUCGACGCCUGGAAGGCCACGAAGGUGGAGUGUGGGCGUUACAGUACGAAGGCAACGUUCUGGUAUCUGGUUCUACAGAUAGGUCCGUUCGCGUGUGGGAUAUUGAGAAAGGACUUUGCACCCAGGUCUUCUAUGGUCACACUAGUACUGUUCGAUGUCUGCAGAUCCUGAUGCCUACAAACACUGGCAAGGUUGAAGAUGGGCACCCGGUCAUGAUGCCCGCUAAACCUCUGAUCAUCACCGGGUCCCGUGACAGUCAACUACGAGUUUGGCGUCUACCCGAAUCAGGAUCCAGGAGAUACAUCCAAACCGGACCCCCGGCCAACGAUGCCGACUGCCCUUACUUCGUCCGCACCCUUCCAGGACACACCCACUCGGUCCGCGCUAUCGCCGCCCAUGCAGACACGCUCGUGAGCGGAAGUUACGACAAUACAGUUCGAGUGUGGCGUAUUAGUACAGGGGAGACGGUCCACAUCCUGCAAGGGCACUCCCAAAAGGUCUACAGCGUUGUGCUUGACGUUGCCCGUAAUCGAUGUAUAUCGGGUAGCAUGGACAGCUUCGUGAGGAUUUGGGACCUGGAAACGGGAUCUUGCAUACACACACUCGAGGGGCACACGUUGCUUGUUGGCUUGCUCGAUCUUCGCGACGAGAGGCUCGUCUCAGCCGCCGCGGAUAGUACACUCCGCAUCUGGGAUCCGGAGAGCGGGCGGUGCCAGUCAACAUUGACGGCGCACACCGGUGCAAUUACAUGCUUCCAACAUGACGGGCGCAAGGUCAUUAGCGGUAGCGAUCGGACUCUGAAGAUGUGGGAUAUCCGCUCUGGCGAGUGCAUCCAAGACCUUCUCACGGACCUUAGUGGGGUCUGGCAGGUCAGAUUUGACGAGCGCCGAUGCGUAGCCGCCGUCCAGAGAGAGAAUUUGACCUACGUCGAAAUUCUUGACUUUGGCGCGGUCCGUGACGGAAAGUCGCCGGAAGAGCUGGGUAAGCGAAUUCUGCUCAACGGCCCCGAGGUCCAGAGGAUUAUGGACGAGGACAAUUAAGCCCAGCAAUGCCGACACUGCUCGCGAUCAACUGUUACCAUAUAUUUCCUGCUGAAGCUGUUCGAAGCAGUCCAGACAGGGCCUUGAGAUUCAGGGCAAACGAACAGGAUAAGCAUACCAGGGUGCUAGCAGGAAGGGGGAGGGGAUAGCUACGGGUUACCUCGUGAGCAGUGAUGGUUCUUCAUCUCGUUUGGGAGACGACCGUAAGGCUGAGGCAUUCGGGAUGAUGAUGAGAAAGGACGGUCUCGGCAGAUUGAGUGGCGUGCCCCUUAGUAUCUGUCGCCGGAACACUUGUGGACGUCCUCACGAGAUCGUACGGUAUAGCUCUCAAGGGUGGUCUUGGGACAUCACAUAUCGGUGGCAGUUAUCGAAAGCUCUCUCGAUGUCCGCAAGGCUAUUUAGGUUUGUAAGGGUUACGGCAGUACUGAGAACGGUUGCGAGGCGUUCUAGCAUCACGGCAUCAUGGCAUCAUGGCGAUGGCUUAUUCACGAAGAAGCAUACUGUAAGGCGCAAUGGAGACCUUGUAGGAGUACCACCAUAAACCACCAAGUGAUAUUGCUUGACAAUUGUAAUUCUAUACCUGUAUAUGUGUACUUGGUUGUAGUGCUACUGCCCGACGAUGUGCAAGCGCAUUGAUCCGUGUGAUUCGGUGCUAUAUGCGUUCUCGGGACGGAGGAAGGGAC